GCCAAGCACUCCCAUCUCUGCACCCCAGAGCAAGCCCAUGCCAGGAGAUUAAGCCCCAGAGUUGCUCGAGCCAUGGCACAAAUUAGUCACUGCGGCUUGUGGUUUUACCCGUUGGCACAUCCUGUGCCAAGGCUGCUCACAUGGGGCAACCCAGCAGGUGUAUAAAGGAGCUGCUCCCCAUUGGCUGCCCCUGGCAGAGCCAAGAGCUUCUUGCUGAGUAAUUAAAGUAAUGACAAUAAUAAACCCAAAGUAAACAAGGUGGAAAAAAAAAAAAAUAAAAAAAAUCAAUAGGCUCAGAGCAGAGGCCACACUCGGCGAGGCGCAGUCCUGCCUGCUUCUGCCUGCACCUCGGUCCGGCGAGGACAGAGACAUCCCGGGGGCACCCAAGUGGGUACUGGCGACGUUGGCUCUAACCGGGGCUGCAGGAGGCUGCACGGAGGUGACCCGCAGGCACAGGAGCCAUGUCAGGCGACAAAGCCUCGAGGCAAAAGCCCUGCCACCACUGCAAGAGGAGGUCGACCUCAGCCCCAGCGGGCACCUCCACGAUCCACUACGAGAAGUCCUGGCUGUACCGCCACUGCUCUUCUCUGCAGCAGCGCGACAGGCAAGCUCAGAAAGCCGGGCAGCUCUUCUCGGGGCUGCUGGCCAUGAACGUGGUGUUUCUGGGCAGCGCCUUCAUCAGCAGCAUGAUUUUCAACCACGUGGCCAUCACGCUGGCCGACGUCUGGAUCCUGCUCUCCAUCCUCAAGGUCGUGUGCCUGUGCUGGAUCAUCUACUACCUGCUGGGCACCAGUCGGCAGCCGCACGCCGUGCUCUACCGGGAUUCUCACGCGGGACCAGUCUGGAUUAGGGGGUCACUGCUGCUGUUUGGCAGUUUCAGCGUCCUCCUGAACGUCUUCCAGAUCGGCUACAGCAUAAUCCAAAUCCACUGCAAAUCCAAGGUGGAAAUCGUGUUCCCCAGCAUUGAAAUCCUUUUUGUUUCCACCCAGGCUUUUUUUCUGUGGCAUCACUCGAAGGACUGCAUUCAAGUCCAGCACAACCUCACCAGGUGCGGGCUGAUGCUGACCAUAGCCACUAACCUCCUCCUCUGGCUCUUGGCAGUGACCAACGACUCCAUCCACAUGGAGAUUGAAUCUCAGCUGCGAGAGGUGGAGCAGCGAUUGGCAGGCAAUGAGACUAACUCGUGCGCAUGCCCAAACACAACCACCUGCAAAGUCUUCCAGAAGGGCUACAUCCUGCUCUACCCCUUCAACACCGAGUACUGCCUCAUCUGCUGCUCCGUCCUCUACGUCAUGUGGAAGAACGUGGGGCGGCGCAUCAGCCACCACCAUGCCCCUCACACCAAGCCCAAGUUCAAGCUCCAGGGGGUGGUCUUUGGGCCCCUGCUGGGCGCCGCUGCCGUAAUCAUCGGGAUCUGCGUCUUCAUGAUGUACCAGAUCCAGGCCACGGGCUCAGCCCCCAACCGCCAGGUCUUCGUGAUGUAUUAUUCCUACUACAUCGUGCUCCUGCCCCUGAUGAGCAUGAGCGCGGUCGUCGGGACAAUCAUCCAUGCCUUGGAAAAAAGGGAGCUGGACACGCUGAAGAACCCAACCCGCAGCCUGGAUGUGAUCCUCCUGAUGGCGGCAGCCCUCGGCCAGAUCGCCAUGUCCUACUUCUCCAUCGUUGCCAUUGUGGCCACCAACCCCAAGGACCUGUUGAACAGCCUCAUCCUGUCCUAUUCUGUCCUCCUCAUCUUCCAGUACAUCACCCAAAACAUCUUCAUCAUUGAUGGGCUCCAGCGGGAACCAUUCGUAGCAGCAAUCGAAGCAAGGCACGCAGGACACUCUGGGCAGCAUCCAGUGGCUUCAGAGCUGCCUGGUGAAGAGAUGACCACACCAAGGAGCACACAGGAGCACGCACAGGCCUCACCCAACAGAGAGGAAGAAGUGAGUGAAGAGCAAAUCCACGGAGCACACGACCAGAGACGAGUGAGUGUGCUGGAGCUCGGACAGGAGUUCCGGAGAGUUUCUCUGUCCUACAUCCAUUCCUACUCUCACCUGAGCUGGAAGAGGAAAGCAUUAAAGGAGAUCUCCUUCUUCUUGGUUUUGUGCAACAUCAUACUGUGGAUAAUGCCCACGUUUGGGGCUCACCCUGUGUUUGAGAAUGGACUGGAGAAGUCAUUUUACGGCUACUCCACUUGGUUUGCCAUCGUGAACUUCGGCCUCCCGCUGGGCGUGUUCUACAGAAUGCACUCCGUCGGGGGACUUCUGGAGGUCUACGUCUCAGCCUGA